AUGUCGUUGAGCCGAUUUGCCCCAGCUCUUCGUGCUCCCUCCAACCGGACUUUGGUCGUUGUCCCACAGCGUUUCUCCAGCCAUGCUGCUGCCGGUAAGCUCACUUGACCGAAUUUCUGGGCCUUUUUUUGACUCAAAUUAAUUUAUAUUAUUUUAGCCCCAGCUGUGACCAAGGAUGAUGCUCCUGGCUUCUUCCAGAAGAUCAGCUACCGCUUCAAAGGUAAGAUUUUGAUUUUUUUUGCUGUGUUUAGUCUUUAGGCUUCUUGUACAUCCAAUUUGGCUCGUGAUCAGUUGAUUUUUGUUCAGUUUUUUCUGAUCUGAUAUCAUGGUGAAGAAAAAAUUCAAUAUAAACUAUUUUAGGCAUCCCAUUGCCCGGAGAGACCGUUAGACCGAAGUGUAUGUUCGAUGAUAUUGGCAAAAAAUACGUUGGAGAGCCACUGCCGUCUUUGGCCAACUACAAAGAGGGGCCUGAACGUGAUCUGGUAAGCUCAUCAAAAAAUUUAAGACAACAUAAAUUUUGUUGAUGCUUUUGGGCGAAUAUAUGUCAAACAUCAAGAAGCAAGCUGCGAAGACGCUUGUAGAUAGUUUUUAUACAGAUUUAACUCAUUUUUGCGCUAAAUAUUGACGUAUUUCAGAAGAACUACCCCUACCCAGAAAAACAAUUGUAUCCACCAAAGACCCGUCUGCUCAUGAUCCCCGACUCAUGGUGCACUCCCUUCCAUAAGGUUACCGGAACUUCGGGUAAGCGUUUCGACAAGUUUUGGCGUCAUUUUCUUUACUUUUUAUCAAUUUUUGAUAAUGUAAACACUACUUUUUGAUGCCAUAUAAAAUAUUAUUUUUUCAGGUCCCUACCUUUUCUUCGGAGGUAUUGCCUCCUUCUACAUCAACAAAGAGUUGUUCGUCUUCGAAGAACAGGCUCUUCUUUUGUCCGGAUGGAUCUGUUUAUACAUCAUUGCCAACAACACUUUCGGCUACAAAUUGGAUAAAUAUUUGGCCGGAGAAUUGAAGAAUUAUUGGGGAGGAUUCAAGCAGAUCAUCGCUGAUGACUUGAAGGACGCUGUGGAAUUCCGCAAGGUAAGAUUUUUAUUUUAUUUUUUGCGUUUAGAUCAAUUUUUGUCAUGGAUAAUAUCGGAAGUUGGAAUUUUGAUGUUGGAGAUGAAUUUGGAGACAAAUUAAGUCUGUUUGAAGCUUAAUUCGUCUUCCAAGACCGGAUAUGGGAGAUGCAUAUUGAAAUUCGUCUAAUUUUAGACCUCCGCCGCGGAAGCCGCCUCCUUCGAAGCCGUGAAGAGCGAUUUCCCCACGAUUUUCAAGGAGAACCUGGCCCUCCAACUGGAAGCCACCUACCGCCAGAACGUGGAGACCGUUGCCACCGAAUUGAAGCGUCGUAUCGAUUACCUGAAGGACGUCGAAGAGACCAAACAACGAUUCGAACGCGACAUCUUUGUGAGCUCCAUCGUCAGCGGCGUCCAGAACGCCAUCGACUCCAACGAAGGCAACAUCAAGGGCAAAUACCUGGACGACUGCAUCGCCCAGAUCAAGAACUUGAAGGUCUAA